CCCGUUCCAUUAUCUCUUCUCAACAGAAACACUUCUCACUUGGGUUUCUCAGUUCUCACUCUACUAUCUCCCAUUCUCCAUUUUCUUUCUUCCAACAAUGUCUUCCAUCAACUUGAACCCCUUCGGGGGAAACUGGUUCUCCAAACCCCCCAACCCUCUCUCUCUCCCUUCCCUCCCCAACAACAUCCUCAAUUUCCCCGAACCCCACGCCCAUCCCAACUUCGCCGCCAUCACCCUCCCCAAUCCCUUCCGCGGCAAGCCCAAGCCCAAGCCCAAGCCCAACCCGGAGCCCGCUGAGCCCGGCCCCUACGAGCAGCUGGCCCACCAGGUCCUCUGGGAGUGCCAGAACCCCCCCGACCACCGGCACACCCCGGAGGUCGAAGAAAUCCUGAAGGCCCGCGCCGCCGACGACGGCAGCGUCUUCGAGAAGCGCGAGGGCGCGACGGAGGAGGAAAUAAGGGAGAACGCGGAGCUGGUGGAGAAGCUCCGGAGCAGCCCCGUGGUGCAGUUCAUGGCGCGCGCCGAGGAGAUUCUCGACACCAUGAACGAGUUGGAGGUCAAGGACAACGAGAGGCCCUACCACAAGGAGGAUUGGGACCUCUGGAAGGCGGUGCCCAACGUCAUUGGGCUCGACGGAAGGCCCAUGCCCCGCAAGGCCCAGAAGACCCAGCAGGAGGCUGAUGACAAGUUCUGGGAUUUCGCCCGGCAGUUCUUUUUUGGGCUCUGGAAUUUCAGGCAGAGGCCCUACCCUCCCGGGAAGCCCAUUGAUGCCGCCCAGUCUAUUGGCUAUAAGAACCUCGAGAGGCGCUACUAUGACUUUAUCAUGAGGAGUGGUGGAUGGUACUAUAAGGAUCGGCUGGGUCGCACACGAGGACCGUUGGAGUUGAUUACACUUAAAACUGCAUGGGGUGCUGGGAUUAUUGAUAAGAACACUUUCAUUUGGGGAGAGGAUAUGGAUGAAUGGGCACCCAUCCACAUGAUUUAUGGAAUGGAGCGUGCAAUCGCUACUUGGGAAGUUAGACUUGCUGCUUCAGCAACAGCGUUGCUUCACAAACUGCAAAAGGGUAUACCACCUUGGGUUCCUCUCAAGGGAUUUGAAAAGAAGACUUACAAGCAACUUCAAGAAGAGGCUAUGGAAAGCAAGAGACGUGAUUUAGCAGUAUUGGAAGCUAAUGAUGGCCUUUGGCCCGGAGCUAGAAUUCCAAGUCAUGCCCUAUUUCUCUGGGCUAGUGGCUCUGAACUGACGAACAUGUUGGAACAGGAUCACAUGCCCAACAAAUACAUCCCGAAACAUCUUAGAAAGAAGUUGGCUGAAGUUAUUCCAGGGUUGAGGCCAUGGGAAGUUCUGAGUGUAGAACAAGCAAUGGAUCGAUUAACAUUUAACGGUGAAUGGUACCGUGAACCACUUGGUUCAUACACCACUGGUCCCCCGUACCUUCAGCACUGGAAUAAUGAUGUUAUGAGAUUGUAUAAGAUAUUUGAUGAUCUUAACAAUGAGUUGUACGAACAUAUGGAGAAUUCAAUUGCUGGCUUUGAUAAAAUUAUGGAGAAGGUCAAGCAGGAUUUUAUAGAGAGAACUGAUAAAAGGCUGGAGCAGAAAGACAAAGAGAAAAGAGAAGCUCGUAAGAAAGCUGGGUUGCCCGAGUAUGUAUGGCCUGAAAAACCAUAUGACCCUUAGCAUCAUUUCUUACAUGAUUUCUGCAGAUCAUAUGGGUAAGGACGCUGAGACAGAUAUCAUGAAAUAAGAAUGCUAUCUGCCAUUGGCUGUAGUAUUUUUUGUUUUUCUUAGAGCAGUUAUAUUGUUAAAUAUUGGCAUGUAUACAUCGGUGAGCAAUGAAUGAAAAUAUUCUCCAGCAUCUUAUCAUUGCUUUUUUAGGUGUUUGACCUCGAAUUAAAAUACAAUUAGGAUAUAAUUAUCUAA